CUCUUCCCUCCCUCCCUCCCUCGCGCCGGGAGGACGGCCCCGGUCCCGGCUUCGGGCUGCUGAUUCCGCGGCCGAGGGUCACGUUCACACACACACUGUCUCGCCCUCCCCAAGUCUCCACUUGGGUGCGGGCCGAGGAGGCUCUGUCCCCAGCGCCGGGCGAAUUGCACCUGCCUUUCCCAUUCCCGCUGGGAAUCGGGGGGAGGAGUCGGGGGGGGGGGGGUUGCUUCGCUGUGCAAAAGGAAGAAAACUUUGUCACCCAGCUGGAGACGUCCGCCACGCGUAACCCGGAGAGAGACCAGAACCAGGACGGCCUGUGGCUGUGAUUUGGCAUCUGAUGGGCCCGUAGGAGGAAGAGGAAACGAGCCCAGCGCUCGCGCCGACCGCCAUCCCUCCCAGGUGGCGGCGGCGGGCGGCGGCGCGAGGUACCUGCUCCACCCUCCCUCCCCGUGCCAGUCCCCUCGCGGUGUCUUCAGGGGGCAGGACAGUAGGGACGAGCGCGCGGCUCGAGGCCGAGGGCUAGGAAGGAGAGGACCGUAUUCCAGGAACGAGUCACCCGGAAUUAACUUCUGGCUGAAGUUAUGGGAAGCGCGGCCAUGGACACCAAGAAGAAGAAAGAUGUUUCCAGCCCGGGCGGGAGCGGCGGCAAGAAAAACCCCAGCCAGAAGCGGCGAUCGCUGCGGGUGCUUAUUCCGGACCUGAGCUCUUUUGCCAUGCCACACCUGGAUGGAGACCUGGAGAGUUCAGAAAAGCACUCUUCUCAUAAGGUGGACAGCCCCUUCGGCUCUGGCAGCCCCUCCAAAGGCUUCUUCUCCAGAGGCCCCCCGCGCCGGACCUCCAGCCCCGUGUCUGCUCCCGUGAGGCCCAAGACCAGCCCCAGCUCCCCCAAAACCGUGUUCCCGUUCUCCUACCAGGAGUCCCCGCCGCGCUCCCCGCGGCGCAUGAGCUUCAGCGGGAUCUUCCGCUCCUCGUCCAAAGAGUCGUCCCCCACGUCCAGCUCGUCUACCUCGCCCGGGGGCAUCCGGUUCUUCUCCCGCUCCAGAAAAACUUCCGGCCUCUCCUCCUCGCCAUCGACGCCCACCCAAGUGGCCAAGCAGCACUCCUUCCCCCUCGAGUCCUAUAAGCAGGAGCCUGAGCGACUGGAAAACCGCAUCUAUGCCUCGUCCUCCCCUGCGGACACGGGCCAGAGGUUCUGCCCGGCCUCCCACAGCCCAGCCCGGCCUCCGGCAGCGUCCCCCGCUCACUACGCUCCCUCCAGAACCGUAAGUCAGGGCGCGGCGACCGGCCUGGGAGGCAGGGCCCAGUCUGGGUGUGCUCACCUGGAGCUGGGGCUGCGGCUCCUGACAGCUGUGGGGUAUUUAUCGGGAAUCACAGGGAGGGCCCAGUGGGCGGAUGGAAGGCCCAUGACAAGUGGUAACACCUGGAACAUGACCAGAACCAGCUCUUUGUUCCCUCUGCUUCUUAAAAAAAAAAAAGUUUUGUUUGCAUUUAUCUUGAGUGGGAGACUAACACAUGCCGAGACGGGGAGCCUGUCUCGUGGAGGGGAGCAGCGUCUCUGCUCCUUCCGAGGAGGUCGGCGAGGCUUCACGGAGGAGCCGCCGCUGCCCCACACGCGGCCCUGCACGUGGGCGCAGGACUCCGUCCCUCUCGCCUGCCUGGUCCGCGUUCCGUACGCAGAUGCUCUGUACUGGUUUCGUUCCUUCUUAGCAGAAGACUCGGAAAGUGGCGUUUACAUGCGAUUCAUGAGGUCACACAAGUGUUACGACAUCGUCCCAACCAGUUCAAAGCUCGUUGUCUUUGAUACUACAUUACAAGUUAAAAAGGCCUUCUUUGCCUUAGUAGCCAAUGGUGUUCGAGCAGCGCCACUGUGGGAAAGUAAGAAACAAAGUUUUGUAGGAAUGUUAACAAUUACAGAUUUCAUAAAUAUACUACAUAGAUAUUAUAAAUCACCCAUGGUACAGAUUUAUGAAUUAGAGGAACAUAAGAUUGAAACAUGGAGGGAGCUUUAUUUACAAGAAACAUUUAAGCCUUUAGUGAAUAUAUCUCCAGAUGCAAGCCUCUUCGAUGCUGUAAACUCGUUGAUCAAAAAUAAAAUCCACAGAUUGCCAGUUAUUGACCCUAUCAGUGGGAAUGCACUUUAUAUACUUACCCACAAAAGAAUCCUCAAGUUCCUCCAGCUUUUUAUGUCCGAUAUGCCAAAGCCCGCCUUCAUGAAGCAGAACCUGGACGCGCUGGGAAUCGGGACCUACCACAACAUCGCCUUCAUCCACCCCGACACGCCCAUCAUUAAAGCCCUGAACGUCUUCGUGGAGAGACGAGUGUCCGCCUUACCUGUUGUGGACGAGUCAGGGAAAGUCGUAGAUAUUUAUUCCAAAUUUGAUGUAAUUAACCUUGCUGCUGAAAAAACAUACAAUAACCUAGAUAUCACCGUGACCCAGGCACUUCAGCACCGUUCCCAGUACUUUGAGGGCGUGGUCAAGUGCAGUAAGCUGGAAAUAUUGGAGACCAUUGUGGAUAGAAUAGUAAGAGCGGAGGUCCAUCGGCUGGUGGUGGUGAAUGAAGCAGAUAGUAUUGUGGGUAUUAUUUCCCUGUCAGAUAUUCUGCAAGCCCUCAUCCUCACCCCACCAGGUGUCAAACAAAAGGAGCCGAAAACUGAAUGACUUUUGUGAAUGGAGCCCUUGUAGGACUUGAACUAAGAUUCCGGGUCACGCUUUGCCUCAUGAACACUGAUGCCAUGGAAGAGAGGAAAAUGGCCAAGGAUGUCUAUCAGGGUUUAGUGAUGGGUAUUUUUUCCAGUGAUGUUGAAACUAAGCAUAAAAAAAAAGAGGACUAUAUGUUUUUGAAGGGUCAGGCUUGCAUUAAAAGGCUAUUUUCAGACCUCUGUCUGAAAGAUUUCAAGUGCUGUAUGUCAUUAAAGUGCACUGUGUCCUGAAA